GCCCCCUCUACGCCAGCCCGGCCCAGAUAGACCCCAGGGUGACCAGAACUCUCCUCGGACCCGUUACCUGGGUCUUGGGGAUUCGAAGAAACCCUCUGGCCCACCCGAAACCGGGAGACUCAGCCCUGGAGGUCCCCUACUCCCGACCACCCCCCGCCCCCCCAGGCUCCCUGGAGACCCAGAUAACGCGCAGCUGACCUUACCAGGGACCCGGGUCUGGGGGACGCAGAUAAGCUGCACCUGCUCCCUCCCCUCAGACACGCCUACCCGGACCCACAUAACCCCCUUUGCUGCUCCAUAUAGUCCGCUCUUUCCCCUCUGUUUCAUUUCCCAGAACCACAUAACCCCUUUUGAGGCUUCCCUCAAAUAUUUGGUUCUGGGGAACCCAGAUGAGCUCUCCCAUAGUUUCCUCCUUGGCGAUCCUACUCCCAACCUCCAGACAGCUUCCACGCAGUUCCAUUUGAGACUCUUGAAAUUCAGGGAAUUCGCCUUUUAUCUUAGCCCCUUUAACCCUCCAGCCGGAGUACACCAUCCGCAACCCGUCUCUCUUUCUUUGCGGUGGGUGUGGUGGCGGGGGUCUCUUUGGGAUUCAGAUAACUCGCCCCUCCCUCCCUCUCAUUCCUGAGACCUCCUCCAGUCUUCUCCCUGAAUUUCUGUCCCUUGUCUGGCAGCCGUCCACCCGCAGCCCUCGCAGUCCCGGGGCGUUUCAUACCCCCUCCUCCCCGCCACGCAGUAUGGUGGUCUAGAACUGCUCAGGAGCCAAGCUGUCCCCUGCAAAUCCUGUCCCAGGCUGUGGCCCCGUCUUGGUGGGGAAAAUGGACCUGCAAGGUGCAAGAUAAGGGGAUAUUGGGUGUGGGGAGUUGGUACUUUAACCUGUAAGUGUUCCUGUCUCCUGGCUUGUGUGUUUUCCCACCUGUCUGCCUGGGACUCGGAAAGAGCCUAGCCUGGGGUUUCUAACCCAGCCUCCCAAGGUGAAGCCACCGGAUUCAGGUGAAGAGAUUGUUUUCUGAAGGCUGCGUUGGAGGCUGUGACAGAGCACAGAGCCCUGUGGAGCUGAUGGGGAGGCUUUCUCAAUAACAUGGCCCUUCGCCAUUAGCCUUGCCAUGACCACAUUUUUCACCAGCGUCCCCCCCUGGAUUCAAGAUGCAAAGCAGGAGGAGGAAGUGGGCUGGAAACUAGUGCCCCGGCCUCGGGGCCGGGAGGCGGAGAGUCAAGUGAAGUGCCAAUGUGAAAUCUCGGGGACACCCUUCUCAAAUGGGGAGAAGCUGAGGCCUCACAGCCUCCCCCAUCCAGAACAGAGACCGUAUAGCUGCCCUCAGCUGCACUGUGGCAAGGCUUUUGCCUCCAAGUACAAACUGUAUAGGCACAUGGCCACCCACUCAGCCCAGAAACCCCACCAGUGCAUGUACUGCGAUAAGAUGUUUCACCGCAAGGAUCAUCUGCGGAACCACCUGCAGACCCAUGACCCCAACAAGGAGGCCCUCCACUGUUCUGAGUGCGGUAAGAAUUACAAUACGAAGCUGGGCUACCGGCGCCAUCUGGCCAUGCAUGCCGCCAGCAGUGGCGACCUCAGCUGCAAGGUGUGCCUGCAGACCUUCGAGAGUACCCAGGCCCUGCUGGAGCACCUGAAGGCCCACUCACGCCGGGUAGCAGGUGGUGCCAAGGAGAAGAAGCACCCCUGUGACCACUGUGACCGGCGGUUCUAUACUCGUAAGGACGUGCGGCGGCACCUGGUGGUCCACACAGGCCGGAAGGACUUCCUGUGCCAGUACUGUGCGCAGCGUUUCGGCCGCAAAGACCACCUGACGCGUCAUGUCAAGAAGAGCCACUCGCAAGAGCUGCUCAAGAUCAAGACGGAGCCGGUGGACAUGCUUGGCCUGCUCAGCUGCAGCUCCGCAGUCAGCGUGAAGGAGGAGCUGAGCCCCGUGCUCUGCGUGGCCUCCCGGGACGUGGUGGGGGCCAAGGCCUUCCCUGGCAUGUUGCCCAUGGGCAUGUAUGGUGCCCACAUCCCUGCCAUGCCCAGUGCGGGCGUGCCACACUCCCUGGUGCACAACACGCUGCCCAUGGGCAUGAGCUACCCUCUGGAAUCCUCACCUAUCUCUUCUCCAGCUCAGCUUCCUCCAAAAUACCAGCUUGGAUCUACCUCAUACUUGCCCGACAAAUUGCCCAAAGUGGAGGUGGAUAGUUUUCUGGCGGAGCUUCCUGGAAGCCUGUCUCUCUCAUCCGCUGAACCCCAGCCCACCUCACCUCAGCCGGCGGCAGCUGCGGCCCUCCUAGAUGAAGCACUGCUCACCAAGAGCCCCGCCAACCUCUCUGAGGCUCUCUGCGCUGCUAAUGUGGACUUCUCCCACUUACUGGGCUUUCUUCCUCUCAACCUGCCCCCAUGUAACCCACCUGGGGCCACAGGAGGCCUGGUCAUGGGCUACUCCCAGGCUGAGGCUCAGCCCCUGCUCACCACUUUGCAAGCUCAGCCUCAAGAUUCCCCAGGGGCUGGGGGACCACUGAACUUUGGGCCACUGCACUCCUUGCCACCUGUCUUCACCUCUGGCCUGAGCACCACAACCCUGCCUCGUUUCCACCAGGCAUUCCAGUAGCCGCAAGGAGGCCCUCAGCUCAGUCCCGGCUCUGUCAGGGAGCCUCAGUACCUGUCCCAUCUGCAUCCCCCAUGAAGGCAGCUGAGCUUUCAGAGCUGGGUUCAGAAAGAAACAAUCCCAGCAUCUGUAUGGAGCACUUGGUCUGGGGGCUCAAGCUCCAGGAUUAGUUCCGGGAGGAAUCUUGAGCCCUAACCCCAUGAAAAGAUGUCAUACAAUAGGACUUCAGGUAUUUUUACUUUUUUUUUUUUUAAAAUCUGAAUCGGGAGCCACACCUAGCCUUCUCCUUCUCCAAAGCAUCGGAACCUCCUUCUCUUUGAAGAAGGGAGAGGUCUCUUGAAGACACAGAGGGUUUUACUUCGGAUGACCUCGAGAGAAGUAGCCCAAGAAGCCCGUCUUCUGGUCCCAGCCUGCAGACCCCACAGCAGUUGGUCAGGCCCUCCUGCAGAGGGUCCAUCGCCUGCUUCCAGUCAUCAGGCAGGGGGGAGGCCUCUGCCUGCUCCCCGUUACCUCCAUCCCUCCUGUCCCAACGUCUCCAUUUUCAGUCAGUGUUUUCCAGCAACGGUACCGUUUACACAGUCGCUUCAGACACACCAUUUCACCUCCCUUGCUGAGCUGUUAGCCUUAGAAUGAUUGCAGUGAACAUUGUUUACACACCGUGAAUCCAUUCCCACCAGUCCAUUCCAGUUGGCACCAGCCAGAACCACUUGGUACCUGGUGUUAACUGGAGCCCUGUUUACAAGGCGGAGUCGGGUCCCGACUUCUCUUCAUUUGAGGUCACAUUUUUCCCCUGUGGGGAAAUAAACUGACUUUGGACUGCUUCA